GAAAGGCCACGUGACGUCACAGCGUGGGACGCCGGCGCUCCCAGAAGCCUCUUCGUUCCAAGAUGGCGGCGGCGGCCUUUUCGCGGUGAGGUCGGAGGAGGUGAAAGUGGUUGGGCGAGAGCUGAGGAAAUACACGGCGAGAAAGCACCAUCCGGUAGGAGAGCUGCCCCACCACUCCCUGCCGAAGCCAUGGCCGCCGUGGUGGCCAAGCGCGAAGGCCCCCAAUUCAUCAGCGAAGCCGCCGUCCGGGGAAACGCAGCCAUCCUGGAUUAUUGCAGGACGUCCGUCUCCGCGCUCUCGGGAGCCACCGCCGGCAUCCUUGGCCUCAACGGCCUCUACGGCUUCAUCUUCUACUUCCUGGCCUCCGUCUUACUCUCAGUGCUUCUGGUGCUAAAAGCCGGACGGCGAUGGAACAAAUAUUUUAAAUCCCGAAGGCCUCUCUUCACCGGGGGACUGAUCGGGGGUUUAUUCACAUAUAUUCUCUUCUGGACUUUCCUCUAUGGCAUGGUGCACGUUUACUAGGAGGAGGAGGAAGAAGAAGAAGACGACGGUAUAUAGCCAGGACGGUUGUGAGGGGAGACAGCUCGCUACUUCCUUUCGGAUGCCCUAGAAGUGGGGAUCCUGGCCCAUUACUUGCACUCUUCAUGCGCUCCCUAAAAUACAUCAGAAAGCCUCUAGAACCCUGCUAACGAAACAGAAUGUGAAACACCCCCCUCCCUCUUUCCUUGGCCUUUAAAAAUGACGUGUAAAUAACCCAUCCUCCACUCCAGAGGGCGUCCCGUUCUUCUCGGUUUAUCCCUCUGCCCGCAAGGCUGCUAGAAUUCUGUCCUAACCCUCUUUAGCCCCACCUUCCCUUCCGAGACUUUUCCUCGCUGUGUGUAACCAGAUCUACUAUUUUGGAGAGAGAGAGAGAGAGAGAGAAAUCUAUAUCGAUAUUCCAUGCUUGAUCGGUUUUUGUAUGCACCUUGAUUGAAAGACUUCAGAAGAAAAACACGGUUUUCACAGCCUUAACUACAGGCAGGUUGUAAAGGGGGAGGUGGGUGGGUUGAGGGACGUUUGGCCUGAAGCUGCUUUCACUUCCAAGUAAACAUUUGCAACAAGUUCA